CCGAGGCUCGCUCCCACCUCCUGGUUCACAGACGGACUGGCUGCACGGAGCGAGGCGAGCUGUUAGCUUCAACUGUCCACACGGCCGAGAUGAGUUUCCUGGGAGGUUUGUUUGGGCCGGUUUGUGAAAUAGAUGUACUGCUGAACGACGCUGAGAACAGAAAGACCGCCGAGCUGAAGACGGAAGAGGGGAAAGUGGAGAAGCACUACCUGUUCUAUGAUGGAGAGUCUGUGUCUGGCAAGGUGAAUCUAAAUGUAAAGCAGGGAGGGAAGCGACUCGAGCAUCAGGGUAUUCGCAUUGAGUUUGUUGGACAGAUAGAGCUGUUUUCCGAUAAGAGCAACACCCAUGAAUUUGUGGACUUGGUGAAAGAGUUAGCUCUACCCGGAGAGCUCACUCAGAACAGAAGCUACGAUUUUGAGUUCAUGCAGGUGGAGAAGCCCUACGAAACCUACACUGGAGCCAACGUCAGACUAAGGUAUUUCCUCAGGGUGACAAUAGUUCGUCGUCUGUCUGACUUAGUGAAGGAAUACGAGUUAAUUGUCCACCAGUUAGCCACCUACCCAGAUGUCAACAACUCAAUCAAGAUGGAGGUUGGCAUAGAGGACUGUCUUCACAUCGAGUUUGAGUACAAUAAAUCCAAAUACCACCUUAAGGACGUGAUUGUUGGGAAGAUCUACUUCCUGCUGGUCAGGAUCAAGAUCCAGCACAUGGAGCUCCAGCUCAUCAAGAAGGAGAUAACGGGCAUCGGUCCCAGUACGACCACUGAGACAGAAACGGUUGCAAAGUAUGAGAUCAUGGAUGGAGCUCCAGUUAAAGGAGAAUCAAUCCCCAUCAGACUCUUCCUGGCAGGAUAUGACUUGACAGCAACCAUGAGGGAUGUCAACAAGAAGUUCUCUGUGCGCUACUUCCUUAAUCUGGUUCUGGUGGAUGAAGAGGACAGAAGAUACUUUAAACAACAGGAAAUUGUUUUGUGGAGAAAAGCCCCAGAGAAGCUAAGGAAAAGAAACUUCCAUCAGCGCUAUGAGUCGCCCGAGCCCAGAACCCCACCAGUUAAUGCCGAGCAGCCAGAGAUGUGAGGACGACACUAUGAACUGAAAAUACACACAGACACACCCCGACUCGUCACUGCUGAACAGCCAGAGGUGUGAGAGCUGCCCCACUAUCUCCCUGGACUGAGAAAUGUCUGUCUACAAGAAAACAACUUACCUUCAGACCCACCCCCCCACCUUUACCACUUCACGCCUUCUGACGUGAGAUGUCCUGCCAUCAUCACUCUCCCCUCAAGGACUUAGACACACUCAAAGUCAUUACAUUACAUUACCAUGUACAACUUAACAUUCAGAUGCACAAGUCUGCUGAAUGCUAAAUGUCAAGGCAAGAUUGCAAAUCAAACAAACCCAAGAAAGGGAUAGUGAAGCAGCCUAUUUGAUCCUGGCGUUUCGGGACUUAAAACACACACACACACACACACACACACACACACACACACACACACACACAGCUAUACAUUGUCAGUUUGCUGAAUACGUAAUAAACCAGGAGCAAAGAUAGAAAAGAUGAGACGGCUAUAUGUGACCACCACAUCAUUUAUCCCUUUCUUCUGCAAGACCUUUGUUUUGUUGCACACUUGGACAGCGCUUAUCCUGGACAUCCUCUGGUAUCCCCCCUCCCAACCCCCCCUGCAAAAUGACCGUCUUUUAAAAUCUGGGUGGGCUAUCCAGUCAUUGAGAUCACAAGUCGUGGGGAUCGGCUUGACUGAAGAACAUGACAGGUUAAGCUGAGUCAGCACAUGCACACUUGUUCAUACACAGUACCUGAGUUUAAGCUAUUGUGACACGAAUGUGCUCUCGUUCAUCCAUAAAGCUGCUACUGAGUUUCAGUUAAAUAUGUUGCAACAGUAAACCCACUCAUUUCAAGUAAAGAUGUCAACUUAAUUGGAAAAUCAAGCAUUGAGUGUAACAAAUGUCCAUCUUAACAUACAUUUAUUUCUACAUUUAAUCUUCAAAUGAAAAAUAAGGAAAUCAUUUUCCACUCUUACGUGUUUCCUGUCGCGUUCCACUUUUCAUCUCGCACAGAAAAAGGUUUUGACUCAAGGAAUAUACAACGAUCCGAUGUCAUUCCUUUUUUCCUUAAAUAAUGACAAACAUUUAAUCAAUAAUGAGAAUAGUUGCCAAGGGUUAAGGUGCUGUUGAUGUAUGACUAAUCUGGACAUAUGGAAACUUGGUUUUGUUCGUCUUCCAAAGUUAUUUAAAGAAGAGGUGAGGUGGAUAGAAAUCUCCAUUUUAUUGGCGGAAGAAAUCAGAGAGAGAGAUAUAUAUAUAUAUAUGUCCAGACAUUAAAUACACAUGGCUGAAUACAAAAUGUAUUUAUUUGUAAUGUCUGUGACCUGAACCUUAAGUUCCCGUAUCCAGGCUGGUGUCAGUCCAACAUGACAUCAGCACUUUAAUCGAUGAAAAAGAAGAUAAUUUGCAAUCUUUGAAAUUCAAAGCUUAAAAAAGUUGAAAGAUUAUGUUGUCUGGGUACUAUUGCCUGUUGUCACUACACAAUUAGCCUUUUAGAAUUCAAUGGAACUAUGAAAUGAUGCUAGCCGUGAUCAACAGACGGUAGUUCCACUGCCCUUGUCACUUUCACCUUAUUUUUAAUGGGGUGUACAUUUUUUUAAGCUGUUGGUUUGGUAGAUCUAGAAUAGUAAUGUAAUCAUGGCUCAUGCCUGCUGUUGUAAGCACUGGAAGGUAGGCACUAUCAAUAUACUGUAAUAUCCAACAAUGUUCCACUGUGAUGCUCAGACCAGCAGUUCAGGUCCUGCUAUAAAGACACACUCAUACACACACAGUGAGGUGAUGUCACCAGUGCUGUGACUGGGGUCAAUUUGCCCUUAAGCUUUGAUCAGUGGCCAAUUCUGCACAUUUCCCUUCAAUGCUUGAACUUUACAAAAAUGGGCAUAGAAGCUGAAAUGAAACAUCACUCGUGGACAACUUCACCUCAGAGAUCUCCUGUCUGUAAUGGACAUUAUACUGUCAUUUAUAUAUCACUACUUAUUUUAAUUGGACUCAUUAAGUACAAUGUUUCUUCAAUGUGCAAGUCACUCUCCCAUGUUAUGUUUCAUUUCUUAAAUGUCAGAAGACUCAGAUCGACAACUCAGCUAUGCUUAGUCCGUCACGCCAGUGUUUGACUUGCAGUUUGAUCUUCCUUUGUGUGGAAACUAAUUUAUUUGCAAGUAAUGCUUUGUAUCUCUCUGCCUGUAAGGUAUAUCAGAUAUAUUUUUUGUCUUUCUGAACACUAUACAGGUAGGGUUUGUUUGGUGUACUUAAAAGGUAAUGAAGAAACACUUAAAUGCCAAAACUCUCUGCUCCUGUCUUAUCUCCUGCAUGUUAAUCUUUACACAAUGUUGUGUGCGUGCGUGCGUGCGUGCGUGCGUGCGUGUGUGUGUGUGUGAGAGAGAGAGAGAGAGAGCGAGAGAGAGUGAGUGUGGGGGGAGUGUGAAUGAUGUGUAUAUAUACACCAAACCCAAAUAUAUAGCUCAAUAGUGAAUAAAAGCAAAUUUAUACUGAU